GCCCGAGUACUGAGAAACGCCUUUUCCAGGGGCGAUCCUUCCAACGCCAGCCAGCCCGCCCACCUCAACCCUUGAUCACUACGUAGCUAUCUGUUCCUUAUCCAGACAUCGCCAUCUCCUCCGACUGCGCCGACAGAGACUCAACAGCGCCUUCCAACCCGGUUGCUGCACAGUGCUUUAUGGCAAUGGCCUUCUUCAAAGCCAGAUCAUGGGCCAGAGUCCUGUGUCUGUCUCUUGCCGUCCUUCUCUUCGCCACCUUUGCUGAAGCAUCCAUUGGCGACCGUCUUCCUGAGUUCCAGGAAUGUGUGCAGGUCUGCAAGACACAGAAUUGCGACAGCACACGCGGACACUCGUCGAUUCCUUUGCACCGACGUCUUUUGCUCUGGAACUGCGCAUCCGAAUGCGACUAUACUUGCCAACACAUCAUCACCGUUCGCCGCGUCGCCACCAACGAGCCCGUGGUGCAGUUCCACGGAAAAUGGCCGUUCCAUCGCGUUUUCGGCAUGCAGGAGCCCUUCAGCGUCAUCUUUUCCCUAGGAAAUCUCUGGGCGCAUUAUGAUGGCCUUGCCAAGGUCCGAGCCAACAUCCCCGCGUCGUAUACUCUGCGGCCGUUUUAUGUGUGUCUGGCGUACGUCGGCAUUGCGUCGUGGAUCUUCAGUUCCAUCUUCCAUACACGCGACUUCAACGCUACCGAGCAGCUCGACUACUUUGCCGCCGGCGCCAAUGUCCUCUACGGCAUGUACUACACACCUAUUCGCAUCUUCCGUCUGGAUCGACCGACACCCAAGAGAAGAUCCGUCCUGCGAGCUUGGACGCUUCUCUGUAUAACGCUUUACCUCUGCCACGUUGCCUAUCUCAAGGGUGUUCGCUGGGACUAUACUUAUAACAUGGCUGCCAAUGUUGCGGCUGGUAUCGUGCAGAACAUCCUCUGGAGCUGGUUCUCCUACACCCAGUACAGAAGGACUGGCCGCCUGUGGGCAACCUGGCCAGGGUUAGUAGUUGCAUGGGUCAUGUUCGCCAUGAGCAUGGAGCUUUUCGAUUUCCCUCCUUGGCUUGGUGCCAUUGAUGCCCACAGCCUGUGGCAUCUCAUGACCAUCUUUCCCACUAUUAUUUGGUACAACUUCUUGGUCAAGGAUGCGAAGGACGAUCUUUCUAGAACAGAGAGACUAAAAGCAUAACAACGUUGUUCAGAGAUGGAAAUAGCCAUACAAUAUCCGUAGAUUAAUGUUCAAAAUAAUAGUAAUGUAUACAAGCCAGAAUCGUCCCGAGUACUACGAGUCUGUAGAUGAGGAGCCCGCCCAUUUUAAAAUAAUAAAAUAAAAACCAACAAGUGCCAUGUAGCGGCGGGGCAUCUAACAAAACAAACAACAGCCGGUUAAACACAAAACUGGAAAAAUUCACAAGCUCCCAACUCCUCAUUAUAUCUUCAAAAGUACACCCCGCAGGUCAGAUCUCUGUGCCUCGUUCUCAGUAGAUAAGAAGAUUGAACCAAACGCCAUAGCAAAAGCUGCCCAAAUAUAUUGCUUUCAAGCUCAGCAACGAAUUUAAGUGGUGAGCAAGUCACGGACAGACAUGCCGCGCCCGCUCUGGUUGGCAGUCCCCCGCCGGUCAUUGUUGAGCAUGAGCAAAGCAGCAGUAGCCUCCUGAUCUAGGUCGCUCUGCGGGUUGAGGGCAGGGCUUGUCAGUGUAGAUCCAGGUGUGGAAGCAGUACUGCCGCCGUGAGAGUAGCUAGGAGGCGCGCCAAACUGAGGACCAAAGGCCGGCGAUGUAGUGGUAGACAGGCUGUAACUGGGCUUGCGGUAAUCCGUGGAUACAGAGGAAUACGACUGCUGGCGGUCGCGAGCAUCUUGGGCGUGGAGGGCAGGGGAAACUGAGGGAGGGCGAGAGUAAUAGUCCGGUCUGGCGGUGAAGGCGGGAGAUGUGGUGGUUUCCGAGUCGCUCAUGUCAACAUCGCCAUUGGUAUCAUCGGUAAAAGUGGGAUGGAAUUCGCGGAUAGAGGGCAAGUUGCUGCCAUCCGCUUGAGUUUGAACAUCUCCAUGCUGGGCUUUGAGCUUGGAUACACAAUCUUCAAGGUAUCUGACAUAUUCGAUAGAGGCUUGCAGAAUGGCAAGCUUGUGCAUCUCGCCAGUACAGGCAGGAAUCAUGCUCUUGAGCAAUGCAAACUCUUCGUUCAUCUUGCUGCGUCUUCUUCGCUCGAUAAGACUGUGGGCAGUCUUUCUGGCAAUCUUGCGGCCGGCAGCACUAGUAGCGCUAGGCUGUUUCUUCUUGGAGGCAUCCUUGGAGGUAGCGUUGGCAUCCUUUGUAGCUGGAGUAGCUCCUUUGGCGGCAUUCUUUGAAGAUUUAGCAGCCUCGGCGUUCUUUUCGUCCUGCUGCUGGGCUCUAGGCUUCAUCUGGAUAAUUUUGCGGGAGCGAGUUGGGGGAGGAGGCAGAGCAAAGGACGACUCCUUUGCCUCUCUGGCGGCCGAUGAGCGGCGUCGUGCCUUGACAGCUUCAGCAGCCUGCAUCGGAUAGGCGUUAUUUUGCCCAUUGUUGGCCUGGAAGGUAUGUGAUGCUUUGUUGAGGUCGAUGGGCGAGACGCGAGCGGCGUCAUGCAAGGCAGGCGGAGGCAGCUCAAAGGCAAGCUGAAGAGAGGCGGACUGAUCACCAUCCUUGCCCUUCAUAUCAGUAGACGAGCCCGGCGUCGGAGGGAAACCUGGGCGAGGCAUGAUAGCGGUAUAAUGCCCUGUAUGUCAAUGAUGGUGUUUCGAUUGUAUCAAAAAUAAAACAAAAAUGGGCUAGCACUGAGGCACAGCUCGAAGUCUAUAAGAGCGGUUCGGAGUCGGUCGGAGCGAUUAUCUCGCUUAUUCCUUUUUAGACAGGGCAGACUAAAACCAAAGUUUGUAUGUGGAUGGGAAUGUCUCAGCACCACGGGAGCGAGGCGACGAAACGGUAUGAGGGAUUGCGUUGCCGUUAUCUGGGCCGGGCGGAAGCUUGCCGGUAGAAUGCAGAGGAGGGGAAUGGUCGGGGAGAUGCGGUAUGUGUCGUUGCAACAGCAGGUGAAGGCGAGGAGGUAGAGCAGAUAGCGCGCGUGGUGCGGUUGCUGGUGAAGAGAUUAUGGCGUGUGCGUGUGAGUGUGCGGUGCCAGGUGAGAAAGUAGUAGACGAGCUAAUGCAGCAGCUACGCAGGGUCGACGAUCGACGUGUGCACAAGAGAUUGAAAAUGGCAGCAGCAGGCAGGGCACGCGAGAGAUUGAAGAGGCGAUGCCAGUAGCAAGACGAUGAUGAGGAGAGGAGAAAAAGAGUGUGACGGGAGGACGGGGGGGUAAAGAGCAGCAGCUUGCGUGGUGUUUGGGGGGCGUGUGGUAGGAGCAGACGAUUCAACGCUUAAUUCCAGAAGAGCGAGUCGAGGCUUGUGUUCCUGUCCUGUCCGAUGCGCACGAGGGCAGGAAACCACAGGAAACGGACAAGAGGCACAUGCUGGGCAGGGUCUUUGGCCGCUUGGUCUGGGGCUCUGGCAAUUGACCAAGCAUCAUCGAGAAAAUGGUCG